UAUUUGCGUUGCAUUCCUUACGCGAGCAUCCCGCGCCACCGAGCGAUCCCGGGCCGUACUGUGCGCGUUUCGCUUGUCCAAAUCGCCUGUGUCAUUGCGGGGUUUUAGUGAAAGUGUGCUGAAAAACAGGCGGUACAGCCAAAACACACGUUGUGGUGGUAUUGUACGGUGGUGCUGCCACUGCCACUGAUUGGCAAUCGGCAUUUUUCCGGUAAGCCGUUGUGUUUGGGCGUGUGUGUGUGAGGGUGUUUGUUUUGCGCGAAACAGGGCCAACAAUUGAAAGGAGCAAAAUUGAUCGAUGCAUCGUGCACCCUAUAUCCCCGUGCUGCACCGCGAGGCACCGUGAGUGACGGCGUGAAGCGUUCGCAUGCUUUAGUGUCUGGUGUCUGGCAUCGUCUGAUUCUGGUGUGAUACUAACCGAUCGAUGGGUGGCGAUGGAUCAAGGGCCAGAGCGUCAAGCUUGCUGAUGUGGUGUACGUAACACUGGUUUGUGCUUCAAGUUGCGUGUGUGCAUGUGUAACACAGUGUGAUAAAAAAGCAGGAUAAUAGAAGAAUGCGAGUGUUAUUGUUGAGCGCAAAGGCUGUUCGAAACUAAUCACCACUGAAGAAGAAUCCAGCUGCACCACAAUUUAAAAUCGUUCCAUGCAAUAAGACCAUGCAGGAAGCGUUCAGAAGUGAAGAAAAACCUCUUGCACCCAUCCACCCAAGGUGUUGAUCGUACCAUUGAGCAUUCGCCCUGAGCGGCCCUUUCCGCUGCGUGUGCGCCCUCGUGAAUAGGGACUCGUGAAAAAACAAAAGCUCCGAACGAGUGGGCGAGAGAGCAACAACGAAAAAAAAACGAGCUGGCACAAAAACCUGUAGCUGAUAAUUGCAUUUUAAUUAUCCAGUCCUUUCCUCGGACCGGAUCAUCCGAAAACAAAGUGGUCAGCGGCUGAUGGACGGCUCGUAGUGUGCGUGUUGCUUACGGUGGGUAAAUAAUCAAACGCGCGUGAGAGAGAAAGUGCGAGCUUUUAAUUGAUAACGCGAAGCUCCCCUUCGUGCACACGCAGUGGUGGUGGUGGUGGUGGUGGUAGUGUGCACAGCUGGCGAUGAUGCUGAUGAUGCCGGCGGAUGGUAAUUUGCGCGGUAGUAGUAGCAACAGCAGCAGCAGCAGCACAGCCGUGCCAGUAGUGGUGUGUCCGUUGCCCGCGUGCCGAAGGUAAGAAGCGUUUCCGUGCGUGCGUCGUCCGGUCGAUUCAUUAGGAAGUCAUAAAAUGAAGCGCCUGUGUGCAGGUUGACGAAAAGGAAGAAAAAAGCUCUCCGGAAGAUUGAGUGAAAAUACAGUGACGCGAUCUAACGCGGUGUGUGUUUGCGUGUGUGGUGUAGCGGUGUGCCGUGGCCCUGUUUUCAAUGUCGAUACGCGUCGAUAACUAGACGAGUGUGUGAAGUAAAAACGUGUGGAAGUGUGUUGGUGAGAGGUUUGAUCAUUUCCGCACAGCAAGUUGUGAAAUUGAGAGCUGCCAGUGUGACGCCGAUCUCUUGAGUAAGUGUUGAUAAUCGUUUAGCCUGGUCGUACGGCUCCUUGAAAGUGCAAGGCUAUUGACGGUUGCGGACUCGCUGAUCAAUAGAGCAUCUUUUUGUGCUGACAGCAUUUUGUAGUAGGCCGUGCAGUACUUGGAGUACUCUUCGUGCUUGCCUUCCAUUAGACCCGAUAGAGGGAAGCGAUCCAAAGUACCCCAGUAUCAAGACGAUUCCGGUACGACGAGCGGGUCAGACCGAGGGCGAUGGGCGCACUAAACACCGCCCGGUGGUGGCAUCAAGCACAUCCGGCUACAGCUAUUAGUGGAAUGAUGGUGGCUGCACGGUCCAGAUCGGCCGCCAGUGGUGGCAAAAACAGCGUCCACACCGACGGCAACGGUGGCACUAACGAGAUGGCGAAGCGCAAUGGCCGCCGAGCCAUCGUUACCGCAAAGUGCGCCGGCGACAAUGGCAGCAGCAGCAGCAGCAGCAGCAGCGGCGGCAGUGGCAUCAUCACGGCGGUCGCCGGCCAUCGAAGUCAACGAGGCGUAGUUAAUUGCUUUCUACGAUUUAUUUUCCUUCGCAACAUGUUCAUCCUCCUGGUCGUCAUCAGCGGGCUGCUAGUGUCAACGGCAGAUGCGGUCAUCUCCAGUCGUGGAAGCAGCGGCAGCAGCAGUAAGGGCAGCUCCCCGCCAAACAAUGGAUUGGUGCCGCGGUUUAUAUCUCGGGGUCACACCUACCGAGCCGUCGUCGGCGACACGCUGGUACUUCCGUGCGAGGUGGAAAAUUUAGGAACGCUCGUACUGCUGUGGCGACGAGGCUCGAAUGUGCUUACCGCUUCGCAGCUGAUGGUUACGCGUGACGAGCGGAUACGGCUUGUCAACGGGUAUAAUCUGGAGAUCUCCGAGCUGGAACCGCAAGACGCCGGUGACUACGUCUGUCAGAUCAGCGACAAGGUCAACAAGGACCAGGUGCACACGGUGGAAAUUCUCGUGCCACCGAGUGUGCGGGCCAUUCCACCGACCGGUCAGGUGACGGCACGCAAAGGAGGCGCCGUAACGCUCGAAUGUAAAGCGUCCGGUAAUCCGGUCCCAUCCAUCUACUGGACCAAGCGGACUGGAACGGGCAAAUCGGCUGCCAAGAUCGGCGAAGGGCCCGUACUGUCGCUCGAGCGCGUCGAACGUCAGCAGGCCGGUGUGUAUCAGUGCACCGCGGACAACAAUGUCGGCGAACCGGUCACCGUGGACAUGCGGCUGGAUGUGCUCUAUCCGCCCGACAUCAGUGUGGAAAAGUCGUGGAUCCAUUCGGGGGAGGGAUUCGAAGCGCAGCUCGAAUGUAUCGUGCAUGCUGAUCCGCAACCGACGGUCUCGUGGAAUCAGAACUCAUUUCCGCUGCAGCCAACCGACCGGCGUACGAUGUCGUCCAGGGGCAACCGGCACACGCUCACCAUACGCCACGUGCAGCAGGAAGACUUUGGCAACUACAGCUGCGUUGCGGACAACUCGCUGGGCCGUUCGAAGAAGUACAUGGAGGUUUCGGGGCGGCCAGGGCCGGCCGAUUUCCUGUCGCCGCCGUGGAGCCGCUCAACGGACAGCUUUAACCUGACCUGGAAAGUCGAGAGCUACCCACCGCUGCAGGAGGUCCGGCUGCUCUACCGGAAGCUGAUGAUGAACGAAACCUUCCAGCAGCCUGGCCGAUGGCACGACGUCAUCCUAACGCCCGCCCCCCGGCCCCCAUCGGAACCGUUGACGCACGUGAUGGCGUUCACACUGCGCGGGCUGCAGCACAGCUCGGUGUACGAGGCGAUCGUGCAGGCGAAAAAUCGCUACGGCUGGAACGAGGUGAGCGACAUCUUCCAGUUCUACACGCAGCGAAUAUCGUCCGACAUACACUCGGAGGAGAUGCAGGUCGCUAGCUCGACGUCGCGCUCCGGGGCCACCACGCUGCACCGGACCGCACCACCGGUCGGAACGGCCUGGACGCUGCUGACGCUACUGGCUACGCUCAUCCCUUGGCUGCUGCUGCACGGUGGCACGCUUGCCGAUCGCUCCAAGGUCAACUAAGGCAACUAAGCCGCGCCAGCAUUGGAUCAGCACCCGGAUGUGACCGAAGCAACCGACCCGUUCGCGAGCCGAUGUUUGCGGACACGUUAGACUGUAAGUUUUCUUUACCGAAUGGAGGACACCGGGGCAAGGAGGAAAAAACCGGGGCAAGGAGGACUGCUGCAUCCGGGAGAGUGCUGCGUUUCAACAAACCCCCUUCCCCGCUGCAGCCGUGUUCGAUCGUCAUCAGAACGUGCCAGCGCAGAAAAUGCUUCUUCAAUAUCCAGCCGUCAGCUUAAAUUGUAACGAGCCAUUCCAAAUCAUCCAACAUUCCAACGAGGGCUGGAGCGAAAGGACAGGUCCAGACACUCCCAAGACGCAUACCGAGCCGAUACAAUCGAUAAGACCUUGUACAGGCCUUGGCAGGCACGGUCGCGUGACGGGCAGACAAAAGUGGACCGUACUUUGAUAAUUAGCUAGAGGGCAAAACAGGCUGGCAAGGCAAACUAAAGCUUGUGUCUGUGUAUGAAAGCAGAAGGGAGGGGGAGGGGGGAUGAUGUAGCAAACGGACACCCAUACAUAUGCCAAAGAUUCGAUACAAAGCACACACGCACACACACACGCAGAGCAAUUUUCUGUGCGCUUUUGAACUUUUCCCCCGAUUCCUUCCCUGUUCGCGACCUCCUGCCUGAAAAGAACGGUCCUUUCAUUAUGUAUAGAUGUAUAUGUGUGUGUGUGCGUGUCAAACUUCGUACUAGUUUAGGAGAUCGAGGGGAAGGGCUCACCUUAGAAACUUUAGUGAUGCUUGCACAUUUGGUCACCGCCGGCCCGCCGUAACUCUCGUGUAUAUACUCGCAUACUCCUGCACACGAUGUCCUGUGGCGCUAGAGAUCCGCCACCAUCAUCUGCCACGCAUCUCAUUGAGCAUCACACACACACACACAACCGUGGAGGGCGCAUCAGAACCUCCUCCACAUAAGGGAACCGCCGGGCAGCAGAUGGAGGCCGGGAAUGUUCGGGAAAAUCGAAAACUUUUGCUUGUACCUUGUACUACCACCACCACCGCCGGUGGUCCACCUCGCUCGUGAAAUCAGAGCGAACAGGCUCGUGAUAGGUGACAGACAACGGCCAAACGCCGUGACACACGACACAGCGAACAAAGUUGUACGAGCAGCCUCGCCUGGCAUCAUUACUAAUGCAACAACGACAGGCAAAGAAUCGGCAACGACCGUGGUGUGGCGUGCUGGCAGUGGAAGGGUGCCGAUGCUUUGCCGAAUGUCUGGAUGCCGGGUUGUGUCCCCGGUGUCCCGUGUGUGUGUGCAGCUAAUGUUUAGAUAAAGUCUUAAGCAAAUUAAAAUCCAUUCGGCUGCGCGUUUCGUGUGUCGUGUGGCGCGCGUGUGCGCCAUAUGCUUUUCACGUUGUCAAAAGGACGAGCGAGAGAUUCGCUACAUCCUACCAACAACUCGUGUGCCCAAUCCAAACCCUCCCCGUACGGGUGUGAACGCCAGCACAUGAUACCACUUUUUGAACCCCUCGUACACGCGCGCUCACCCACUGUCUUUUGUAAAUACAUUUUAAACCAUUGUUUUGAUUAUCAAAAAGUCAACCUUUUGCCGUUCGGCGCCACGCUUCCCCCAGGAGGGGGGCCUCGUUUAACAAAAACGCCCACGGAACGUUUCAAUAAUGAGAUAUGACGAAGUUAUUACCCAUCGCACAUACACACAUGGCGAAGUAGGCGGAAUAUGGCGGAAUGGUUGUAGGGGAUCGCUGGAAACGCUCAUGCCGUCACCGUGGGCCGGGGAAAACUUUCCGAAAAUCGUUCCAUCGUUGCAUCUAUCUCUUUCUCUCCCUUUCUCUCUCUCUCUCUCUCACUCGGUCUCCGUUUCUCGGGAGGCAGUGCAGAAUCAAUUAAAAUGUGAAAAUAUACAAACACUCGAAACGAGCGAACUGCUGUGCUGCCUUUCCAACCAUUUUCCCAAUAUCGACUCAGCCUAUCGAGGCCCCUGGCACACACACACACACACACAAGCCAAACCAAGCCCACUCACACACCCACUUUGUUUUCUCUGUGCGCAAGUUUUGCCGCCACUGUACCCACAAGGCUUACAAGGACAACGAUGCGGAGCGGGCCCGAUCGUAGCCCGAGUUUGCCUAACGAUCACACCCUGCAGCUGUAGAGGUUGUUGUGCUACUGGUCGCCUGCUGUUUUGUUAGUAGACAAUUUGGCAAACUUUAUCAAACUUUGUCCAGCUCUCUGUCCCCCCCUCUCUUUUCUCUUCACUCCCAUUUGUUGCGCGUCCCAGCCUCUAACCAUCACAAAUCGAACGGGCCAAUCGAUUUGAAAAAAGGAAAUACUGUUCCAUAAAUUGCUCAGGCGCACAGCCGUGGGUUGGUGAGGGGUUCUAAAACGAAAUUAGUAUCUUUUCUCUACUAAAUUUCAAAACAAAAAGAGGAACCUUACCAUCCGAGAUGGUGAAUGGUCUCUUCUUCCCACCCUGAGGGGAUAUUUUUCGGUUUCGAUCAAGUGAGGACUUGCCUUCCAGCGCGGAUAGGAUUAGCGACGAUUCCGCUUGCGCCCUUUUUGACGGAGCGUUAUGCUUUUUGUCAACCGUCCACUGCUGACGUGCGUUUUGUCUCUCCCGGGGCUGCACAUUCUUUUGUGUGGUUUUUAACACUUCUACCCCCUCCUCGAAGCCCUGCCCCCUCCCUUGGCUUUCCCAAAGGGUCGGUUCGGUCCUUAAAAAGGAAAGUUCUCCUUUUUGAAAAGAAAAAUGUUGAGCGUUUUUCUUUCCCCUUGCGUGUUGUUUUUUUCCUCGCAUACUUUUAAUCCAUCUGUAUGCGCGUGUUGGUGUGUGUGUGUGUGUGUGUGUGUGUGUGUGUGUGUGUGUGUGUGUGUGUGUGUGUGUGUCAGAUCCAUCCUUCCGUUUUACACUUCACGUUUCUUGUCGCACGAUAAUCGGGGCUUGAUCCAUGCGGCCAGAAUCCAACACGUCAAUGCGGUCGGCUUCUGUGUGUGGUGCGGUGCGGUGCGGCGGUGGUGUGUUAAAAGUUUUUCGGCCCGGUCCAUAAAACAUCCGGGCCCAACAUUAUCUUACGUCCGCAUCCGGCAGCGCGGCGGGACACACGGAGGCGCACACUGGCAGGAAAGCUCUCGCCCAAUGCCAAGAAAUGUUCGGGUAACCCCUUUUCUUUUCAUAAAGAAUCUGGGGAACCAAAGCGACCAAACAAAAAAAAACCCUCCCGGAAACGUGUUGUCACACAGCGCUCGAGGUGACAUUCAUUCAGUGGGCCAAACUGGAGCCACAAUGAGAAGAGCAGCAUUAAAGCACACAAAAAAAAAAACAAAAAAAGAGAUGAAGAGAAGGAAGGAAGGAGAGAAGAAAGUCGGGGGAAAGGGAACUGCAGCAGUGUCGCGCACUUUUGAUGCACUCAACCGUGAAUAAGCCCUGGGUUGCCGUCGCCGCCGGCCAUGAUGAAUGGGUUUUGCUGGUGAUGGGUUUCAGUUUUUGGGAUGCGCCAACUUUUCUUUCCACAAAAACCCCUUUCCCCCUCCCCAUGGGUUUCGGUGGCAGCGCCACGAGGAGCAGCAGUCGGACGGCAAAGCAAAGCAUCUUUUGGGCCAAAAUUUAAACCGACCUCUCAAUCAAAACGGCUCAAUUAAAUGCGACAGCAAAAGAGCGGUUGGUCUAGAUUGCAUGUUCAUCCACAUCCCCCCUCGGUAAAUGCCCCCUCCCCCCCUACGUUUACCAUUAUAAUUGCUCAAAGAAAAACCGAAACUAAGCCCUGUGGUCCCACUCGAAAGCAUCAUUCCAUUUCAGCCGAGUAGAACAAUUAAGAAUCGGAUCGUGUUGGGAAAUGUGGCCCCAAACGCCCCAAACGCCCCAUUGUACAUUGCCUAUAGCAGCACAGUUGUCGCGCUCUGCAACAACUCGCGAUCUCAUUCAGUAAGUAUGUGUGUGUGUGUGUGUCUGUGUUUAAUAGUUAAAGCUCUAGGAUCACCGUCAAUCGGUGUGUGUGUGUCAGCGUCCGCGUGACACGCACCGUGCACCUUGUAAAUAGCACACGAAAAAUAUACAUACGUACAUCUAUAUUUACUCGCAACAACAACAAAAAAGUCCCCCAAAAAUACACACAAAAUUACUUUCGAGGCACAGGUAGGACAUUAAGCAUUUACAAAACCCCGCUCACACAGACAAACUGUGCUCAUUCACCACACCGAACACAUUGUCGCGAAGGUGAAGCUGAAGCAGACACCAGCAACAGCAACAACAUCAACCAAAAUGAGAUGCAAUUCCUUUGCUCAGUGAGGUGUGAAGUAUGAAGUAGCAAAGUAAGAAGUCACACGGUUUUCCCGCGCUCUUUCACUCUCAUUGGUGGCACCUUACUUUUGCUGUGAAUGGUUCAUACAGUUCAGGCACCCAUACACACUUAUCUAUCUUCUCAUGAUACAAUUUUUAACACAGCACGCCACAUCAACGUGGAAUGCGUUGAAUGAAAGUGAAAGUGAACAAAAAAGAAACAAACAAACAAACAGAAAAAAAACAGUAGUAUAAAGCUCCAAGACAAACAAAGUUAAAGAAGAGGCUUUGGUCGUGUCUAGCAAAAGCAAAACGCGUAUAGCACUAGGUGUGCUUUCGAAAAUGUAAGCCAAAAUUAAAUGAAAGAAGACAGCAACAGCAACACGAAACGCUACUGUAAACCAGAACAAAAAUCGAAAGCAAACUAAUGAAAGCAAAAACCAAAACAUCAAAAGAGGAAAAUGUGUCGUGGCGCGCCCCUCCGGCAUUACCCGGGAGGUGGGGCAAGGGGCAAGAUUUGAAAUGAAGACUUUUUAUAUAUUUAAGUAUUAUAUUAUAUGUGAAUGUACCUAGCAGCGAGCAGCAUGUAAAUCGUAAGGGCACCCUUAUACGGUAAGUACCACUAAAAACCUACACACUACUAUUACUUGAUCGAAAAUAGGGCGAGCAAUGCAAAGUUAAAGAAGAAAAAAAAACAGACAGAGAGAGAAAGAGAGCUAGAGAGAGAACAAGGAAACUAAAAAAAAGAAAACAAAACACUAGCAAAACACACACAACAAGCGCAGGAGGAGCUGGCUAGUUGCAACUGCUGCAGCAGCAGCAAAACUAGUAGAAUCAAUUGAAGCCGAUUCGGAGCAGCAUCGAAGGGGCAGGCUAAGGUGGAGUGAAUGCCGCCUAAAAACACAUAACACAAGGCGGUACAUAUUUAGAUGUUAGCGUAAAGAUAACAUUUCAGAGAGGAAGAGAAAAGAAGAAAAAACAAAAACCAUCCCCCAUACCGAGAAAAGCACAGCAGGCAAGAAGUCACAGGCAUGAGGCAUAGAGCCUACACGACAAAACACACACACACACAGAUUAGUUACUUUAAUGAUGAUUGAUGCCAGCCAGGUGGAAAAAUAUGGAGUAAAUUAAAUAUUGACUUUAAUGGUAAAUGAAACGCACGAAGCCGCCCGCCCUGCCGGGUUUCCGGUGUCCGGUGGUGAAGAAAAAAAAAAGAAAAAAGAAACAAACAAACAAAA